AUGGAUUCCGACAAGCCCCGGACUCGUUUGAGGACUGAGAACUCAAAGCAGCUGCCGAUGGCGAUCGAGUGUAGCAAGACGAACAAGAUUUUUCCGCUCCGGUUCUGCAUGUCGUGCCCGACUGUUGACACAUCAACGGAACACGCUGUGACACCGGAAAAACUUAGCCAUCUUAAAACUAGACAUGUGUCCCUCUUCACUAAACUGAAUACAAAACACACAUCUGUUACAUUUCUUAAUAACUAUCCGUCUAACUUGAUGACGUCAUGCGUUCCCCAAGUGGCGUGCUGGCGUUCAUAUUCCAAGUGUUGUUCGCCAUGUUCUUUUCCUAGCUGCUGCGGCUGUCUGCCACCACCAUGCAAUGAACCGCCCCGUUGUAUACAAUGUAUGACUGGUUACUACUACUACCCCUAUGGGUACUGGUUUUGUGGUCCAUAUCAUGUAGGUGGUACAUGCUGCCCCGUGGGGCCAUCCGGAAUUUGUCCUCCACAGUCAAAGUGUUGUCCCACAGCAGCCUGUGUUUGUCCGGCAGCGGCUGCCGUCGUGACUCAAGCGGUGAAAGCUUGCGCUAAAACUAAGCCCAUUUCCGAUCAGCCUUUCGAAUCUCCUAUCUCUGAGCAGAAACCUCAGAGGUUAAAGAAUAAAACCAUUAAGCCGGAAUCUGGAGUACGUAAGGCUAUCAGACCGGAUCUUUCUAAGGCAAUUCCAAUUCCUUUAAGCACCGAUGCCAAUGAAAAAAGCAGUCCAAAGUCCGCAGUAGAAAAUAAACAGAUCCAUUCGACUACUUACUCUUCGCUUUGCUGUUCACCUUGCGGAUUUAAAGGUCCAUUAGAAAAUCCUGUCAAUUCUGUAAAGGCUGAUUUUAAUCAAAUGAAGGUAAAUUAUCACAGCAUCAGUGGCCGUUUCAAUUCUAGACUGGGUUAUGCAAACUAUCGUGCUCCAAUAAAUAAGAGAGACAUCACUGUUCAUCAAAAGCGUUGUAGGUAUACCGGUGUCAUGAGACCUCAUACACUACUUGGCAAUGGAAAGAACGACUGUCAUGGAAUAAGACUUGAAACAUAUACUCGCCCCCAAGCAGUUCAUGAGACGUUUAAUCCCUAUGAAUUAUAG